AGUUCAGUUUAAUUUCACAAAGGGUAGGACCCUUUUACGGAGCGUGAGGGUUUAUUUAUUACGUUUGUAUCUGCAACUAUCAUUAGUUAUACGACACACAGACAUGGAUCUUCAUCGGGCGAAGAAGUGUUUUUCUGUUGAAGAAGUUUUACAAGAGUUAACUGAAAGCAGCGAUGAAAAGAAAAGCCGUGAGGAGGAAGAAGAAUUUAGUGAUGAUGAGGAUGGACUGAGUGAUGAUGAAAGCACAAGUGAUGAUGAAAGCACAAGUGAUGAUGAAAGCACCAGUGAUAUAGAAAGCACCAGUGAUAUAGAAAGCACCAGUGAUGAAGAAAGCACCAGUGAAGAAGACAGCACCAGUAAUGAUGAAAACACCAGUGAUGAAGAAGAUGAUUUAAGUGGUAAAGAGGAUGGAUUCCGUUAUGAUGAGGAUAAAUUCUACAGUUAUGAGGAGGAUGAGGGAGCCAUUGAUGAAGAAGAAAUUGUAGCUCUUUUGGGUUCUCGUGCUGAGGAUACAGAGGCCUGCAAACAACCUAAAAAGAGACCCCGUCUGUCAAACUCUGCAUUUUUUAACUACAGCAGUGAGAGAAACAAAAAAAGAAAGACAACAUCAUUAUUUGAUUGUUCCUUUGGCACCUCUGAACAUGAAGAUGUCUUUAAGCCAGCGAGGACGCCAGGACCACAGCUGACAUCCACAGCAUCAUACAGCCCACUGCAGUUAUUCCAGCGGUUUAUAUCUGACUCAAUGUUGGAGACGGUGGUUGUGAAUACAAACGCUUAUGGGGCCGAGCGUCAACUGGACGAGAAGCCCUUCAUAAACAUCUCUUUGAAUGACAUGUACUCGUAUGUCACAAUGCUUUUAUUUAUGGGAUUGUCAAAGUGUUUUUCACUGAGGGACUUCUGGAGGAAGACUAAAAUUCACCAUCCUGAUUUUCCUUUCAAAGUCAUGACUUUGGAGAAAUAUUCGUACAUCGAGUCUACACUUCAUCUGAGUGACCCCAAGAAAGAUGCUGAAAACGACAAAAAGAGAAGAACAUCUGCCUAUGACAGCCUUUGCAAAAUCAAACCGAUGUAUCUGCAACUGAGAGAUGCAUGCAAGACCUACUUCCAUCCUCACCAGAACAUCACUGUUAAUGAGUGGGUGAUAGAAAAAGACAACGGCUGGUAUAAACACUUGAAAUACAUAGCACUCAAGGUUGGAUACAAACUGUUUGGGUUGUCGGAUUCGCUGUAUGGUUACACCUGGGAUUUUUUUAUAUGUAAGGGUACAAAACCUGGUGAAAGCUAUGAGUCUGUCAUGACCCUGAUGGGGGAAAAGUUGGGAGGAGGCUACAAACUCCACAUCGACAUCAUUCACAACAGUCAAGAAGUGAUCAGAGACCUCCAAGAAAACAACAUAAGGAGUCGGACCUGUGUGCCAGCUCCAUCCAACAUGAAUCAAAUCAUAGUCAACAAGUUUCACAGAACUACAGAUGCUUUAUUGAGCAAUUACACAGUCAUAAAGAAGACCACAAAGUGGUUCCAGUUCUUAUUUUACCACUUUGUGGAUGUAGCUGUUGUGAACGCCUUCAGUAUUCACCGUCAGAUGGCCCAGAUGAAGAAUCAGAAGCCAAUGACACACAAGGGUUUUCGGGAGGCUCUUAUCAUGGAACUGGCUGACCUUGUGUCUGUGGAUAAAAAACGUUCCUCCAUGUCCUCCUGUUCAUGAUUUGCACUUGAUGACGUACAUCACACCGGACGGCACAAGUGGGAGGCGUCAGUGCAGACUUUGUAAGAAAAAGACUCAGACUAUUUGUCAAAAGUGUGAUGUGGCGUUGUGCUUGCAUCCGACACGUGCUUCAGAGACUGGCACCUUCAAAAGAAGUGCGUGUAAUUUUAGAUUUAUAUUCUUGUUUGAAGUACUUUAAACAGGUCCUUUUUUUCUGAAAAAGCUUUGACACUAUAAAUAUUUUAUAUUGGCACUGUUUUAUUGAAAUCUUUUUAUCCAUAUGUAAUUGUGUGUAACAUUUCAACAAAAGUGCAAUCUGUGGCCUUUUGAAGUCUCCAAGUGACCAUUUUAUGAACUUACUCUGAAAGUUUCUUGACUUUGAAACACAAAUUUUUACUACUUGUGACUUUAAAUUGAGUUUAUUUGGUUUGGGUUGCACAUUUAUAUUUUUAUUAAAACUAUGCAAAGAAAUUUAGUUUCACCAAACUUUGGCAUCUAUUUUUUUUACAUCUGGCCAAAUAAGUCCAAAGUGUCUUCUUUCAGAAUAUCAAGAAUGUUCAUGAGAGGUGUUUUGAUCUGGACAUGUAGUUUUUAUAAUUUAUGCUUAAAUCAGGGGUGUUUUAAUAGUCACUGUGAUCAUAAACGUACAGGUAAAACAAGCUUAAAGAUAAAUUACUGACCGUUUAUUCAGGUUCAAUUACCCAUUUAAGUAGAUUUUUUUUCAACAGGCUUAAACUUGAUUGUUGUUUGAAAGAUUCCCCAAAGUCCUCUGAUAACUUCUUCAAAUCUUAUUUUUGGGGGCGUUGAGGGUUGUAAAAAAUAAAAAAGAACAAAAUCUGAACAAAAAAGAUGCAUGUAGUUGGUAAUGUGUAAUAUUAAACCUCUGAAUAUGUAAACGGGUGUCAAUGUAUCAUUUGGUUGUAAAUUGGUGGGUAAGAGGUCGUGCAAAACUACAACCCUGACAAAAUUUAC